GGCCACUGCGAACCACAGCGCGUUUCGUCAGGGCAUGUGGGGCGAGCAGCCCGUGCCGGAGGCGAUGGCGCGAUCGCCCAGCCGCGAGUCGUUCGGCACCGACCUGUCACUGCUGUCGCUGUCCAGCCUGGGCUCCGAGCGAGCGCGCGCGAGGCGCUGCCUGCUACAGGUGCCUGGCGAGCUGCGGCGGCGGCGUCCCCUUUCGGGCGAGGUCCUUCUCGAGGAGGAGGCCGCGGCGCCGCUCGUCAAGAGCUUCAGCACGGCCGACAUCGUGCAAGCGGCAGCCGCCGAGCAACCCCUGCGCGCCAGCGUCUCCGAGCUGGCGCUCGCCGAGCUCCCGGCGCGCCUCGAGUCGCGCUCGUGCUCGACCUGGGUCGCCGUCGGGGACGUGGCCAGUUCGCAGCUGCCCUCGCCACAGGCCUCGGAAGCGGCGCUGGCCCCCGCAGACCUGGUGCGCUCGGUGAGCACCAGGGUGCGCCAGAUGUACAUCCGGCGCCGGCUGCUCUCCACGCACCGGGCCCUCGAGCGGCUCACCAAGAGCGAGCUGGACGUGAGCGGCAGCACGCUGCCGCGCGUGCACGUGACGGCCGACGCCAAGCUCACUGUGCGCGACGUGCAGCGCGACCGCGGGAAGCCGCUCACCAAGUACGAGCGCAACAUGAUGAUCUUCGACUGGCUCCAAAACCUCGACCAGUCGUAGUUUUCGACCCAACGUGGGACUGGAAGAAGGAACCUUUUGUUCUGACCCGGGCGCGCGAUUGUGCCAGCGGAUUAGGUUGUUUGCUGCUUCCGUGGAGAUUGAACCCAGGUCGCGAAGCAAGUCUCAAGCGGCACGCGAGUGCGGUCGGUGGUGCGCACCACGCGUGGCACCUUUGCGGUCUCGCACGCACGGGCGCUGCUGUUUACACAAGUCCAAAGAUGGCUUUCACUUAAUAUCUCGACCUCCGUGCGCCAGACUGAAAGCUACACAACGGAGAAAUCGGUAAAAUUCGUCAACGAGACAUCCUGGACAGCACAUGUGAAGCUGCCUCAAGACUAGAACGUGUAUCGUGCUGCAAACAAGGACGACCGAACAAUCCCGUGCCGCCCCCCCCCCCCCCCCCCCCCAAAGAACGGCUGCUUUGCGUGUGUCGCCCCGCAUCGUCUAAAGUGAUACAUGGAGAUCCGCACUAAGCCCGCAAUUAGCGCCAAAGUAAGCACCAGGAAACUUUCGAGCGUUAAGUUCCACGCCUCGUGUUAAGAUACAGUUAAAGCUUUGAGCACUCACGCGGUCGUCGGCAAUAUUCCAGCUCAUAAAGGGGGUUUGCGUACUCCUCGACGUCUCGCGAUCCGCUAAGGGCACGGUCAGGUAUUUUCACUAGAUAUAACCCAGUUGUAAAAUGAGGCACAGAAAGGUCCGUGAGUAACAAUGGUUCGUUUUGCGUAUAUUCAACUUGACAGGAAUUAGUGAGCAGGUAGCCAGUGAUCACCUUUGGUUACCUUUAAGCAUGAUAUACUUGUAGGCGGUGUCAACCAGGUCCAAGCUCACCUUCCGCAAAGCUUGUACAACAUCGUGGAGUCUCGUAAAACACACAUUUUUCAAAUUAUCAGCGGUCAUCUGCUUCAAAGCAAUACACAGGCAACUUUCUUUUUUCUCAGAGGACGCAGCAGAGUUUACAAAGUUCAAGUAGGAAGCGCAGAAAUCAGGCGAAUACAACAUAGUACAACCGGACAACUCUGCAGUAAACAAAAAAACACGAAAAAAAAAUAAUAGCAUAUGAGUCAAUUCAGUAAAGUUAUAAGCGAAUGAAGAGCAAGAACGCUAUAAUAAAACAUCGAAACUACGCAAUGCAGAAAAAAAAACUAUAAACUUAAAACAAUCGUAAGAAGGAAUAUUACAAGAGGUUCAGAGUUGUUUUGACUUGCUAUUUAUAAACUAACAGGCCUUGACUUGAAGCGCUUCCUCAGCGACGUCCCUCAAUUGAACUCCUGCAAAAAGGACUUGUUUGAGCAGCGCCUCUCCAGUGCCUUGGAAUAUACGCAGAAAGUGCCUGAUAAAAAUAAUCGAUGUUUAACCGCGCUGGUCGGAGAGCUGAGAGUCCUAUUUUCUGCAUGACGUAAGCGAUUGAACAUAUCUUAGUAAUUCCUUUCAGCCCCAAUAGCAGAGUGAUCAAUUUGUAUUUAAGAGCCGCCACAGUUUCGUAAUGCUAACGAUCGAGGGCAAAAAAGACGAUAAAGGAAAUUGCAACAGCGUCAGUAAAUGACCAACCAUGAGAGCAUUCUAGUUGCGCUUGGAACAUGGUUUUCCACAAUGACUGCGAUUCUGUAAUCGCAGCUAGCCAGUGAGUAUAGGGUUCGGCUGCGGGAGGUGCGUGGUUCGAUCCCCACCACGGUGCACCCACCGGCUUAUAAGACAGCGACUAGUAGCACUAUCACUUAAGCAUGUGUCAACAAGGCCAUGGCGGAGCCGAAGUAGAGAAGGCAUCAGACAGACGUGUGCGUAAAACAGCCGCCUGUCACCAUUUUGUUUCUUUUUUUUUUCAAGUGCGUUAUUUCUUGAUCGGUUUGCAUGAGGGCAGGCUAUAGUUUACACAGUGGUCAUUACUUUUAUGGCUGGUAUGGAAAAAGUUUUAAUCACUUCACGGGGAAGGUUUGUGCUAAUUAUGAAUUUGUCAUGUUUUUCUCGUUUGCAGCGACGCUGUAAGCGCGAUUGAAUGAAGCAAAUGUGUUCCACGAAAAAAAAUGACAUACAGGGCGUGAUUGCCAAGCGGCCAUACUGAUUAUUGCAGAAUUAAAAGACGUGCUUCGGGGUCAUAUGCAGGCAUAUUUAAAUAUAUAUGGCCUAAUUCACUGUGUAAAGUUCGUUAACUGCUGGUAGGAGCCACUCAAAAAAGUGCCGCGGUAGACUACUGGGGCGUGAAUUAAUGUGCGGGUUAAAGAAUCUCAGGCGGUCAAAAUAAUCCAGAUGAUCCCUAACAACGGCGUCUCUCAUAUAGCCACGGGACGUUCAAAGAAGUUGAACUGACGAUCAUUCAAUCAAAACACAUGCUAAUUCCAGGAGGGGCGACAAGAAACGGUCGUAUCCGAAUUGAAGUGCGCCGCAGAAUCCCCGGGAAACUGCGUGUCGCACCUUGGAAAUAUACACUUGAUGUAUACGGGGUCCGGGAUGUGAGUCACAAGGCAUGGCUAUGCGCUCACGGAAAUAUUUGGCCGUGUUGGUCAUGGCCGCGGGCCCGGCUGCAGCAAGUCGUCACGUGUCAGCCAUCGGCUGCAUCUGCCUGGUUAUUUUGGGCAGUGAGGAAGAUUUACUUUAAU